AAGGAUUUACAUAAGCAAUCUUUUUCAAAUGUGAUAUGUACCUGUGCUUUGCAGUUUGGUGCUUGAUCCAUGGGACUUCUGUGGAAGUUGCUGUAAGGUGUGCUGAAGAAGCACUCCUGCCCUGUAAGGUUCUUCAGGACACCUCAAUCACCUACCAGACAGCAUCUUGGUAUAAAAUGGCUGGAGAUGGCAAAGGAAUAGCAUGGGAAGUCCUUGAUGUGGAAUCUCGUUAUCCAAAAGAACUUGGGGGGUCCUUGGAGCUCUCCAACGACACCUUCUUUUCACUGAGGAUCAAAAAUGUUACCAGCCAAAACAGCGGGAUAUAUAAGUGCACUUUGGGGGAACAGAAUGGGGAACACAAUCUAAGCAGCACAGUCACAUUAAAAGUAACAGGUUGCCCUGGAAUAGAAAAAGAAAAAUUUAAAAAGUACAAGAGUGAGCUCUUCAUGCUGACUUGCCUGGGGAUUUUUUACUUGCUGCUCAUCUUCUUUACCUGUACAUGUCUAAGAAAAGAGAGUAUGUCUCCCAGUUACCAAAAAACCAGACCAGAUAUGAAACACAUGCUCACCCUCAUCAAUGUACAUGAAAUGACAACUUUCCAGGAUUUAAACAGCAACAGCGCUUGCAAAAAUGAGCUUACUUCAAGUUCUGUCUAAGUUGAUGUUGAUGACACUGUGGGCUUAUCAGUAAAUGCAAGCUGGAUGGCUGAAUGGUAUGGAGAGGAAAUGAAUGAUAAUAUAUGGUCUCUUCAGAACAGCCUGAAAGUACAGGUAACUUGUCAGUGAUCUGUUUGUGCUGGACAAGCCUUCGACAAGCACUGUUAUGCACUACAGUAACUUUUGAGAGUUAGUCAGCUAAGAAAUACCAUUACAGCUACACAACGUGUUACAAUGCUGUUAUGAAGUUGGCACCAACUUUAUUUCACUCUGCUGUGAAGCCCUCUUUUUCUGAGCAAGAACACACUUAUAAUAUGAAGACCAAGUUAUAGGGAGGCCAUGGCAGUGCAAAGCUGGGGGAUUAAGCUCUUCACUGAACUGAUAGCUCUCACCUUUCCAAAGCAAACACAACAGAUGGUGCGGUAUGAAAAGCUACGUGUGUGGGGCUGUCUCCGUUCUGAGCCUGAUUCUGGGUGGAGUUCUUUUACUGCAACUGAGCUGUAACUUAUCAUGUGAUGUUUAAGUAAGCUGAAGUGGUAACUUGUCCUGGAUGGACUUGUCCUGGAUGGAUCAAAGCAACAUCCAGUUUUAAAUCUUGGAGUGACAGACAGGCUGAAACCACUUUUAAAUCUUGGAGUUACAGGCAGGCUGAAACGUAAGAAGGGAGAAGAUUUUUUCAAAAUCUUUCUGGACAGAGAUGAACUUUCUAUCUCUGCAGGAGAAAUAGGAACAUAUUUCCCAGAGGCAUCUCUAGAUUAAUCCAUAGGAAGCUUCAACGAGACUGUUAAAUAAGAAUGAAGAAGUCUGUGAUAUUAAGGACAUAUAAAGAUGACUUAUUUUGUGGUUUAUAAAACAUGAAACCAAAUGUAUGCAACACCUAUAUCAGUUACACAAGUGAUGACCAAAGCCAUGGCUUAGAAGAAAUCAAUUGACUAUGUCUUUGCAAUGUAUUAAUUAGCCAUGAGAUACAGGAAUGGAAGAUGGGGCAUAUGAGCACCUACUUUUUGUGCUGACAGGGUGUAUAUAUGUGAAUCAAGGACAUGAAAAAGCUGAAUUCAGGCACACAAUAAAGGGAGAGAAUAUUUGUCCUUUUGGACCGAAGCACAAGACACGUCCUGGAGUCUGCAAUGAAGGAACUUCCCUUUAUUGGACUGCUGGUGCCGAAGGUGAGGGAAAAGGAGUCUAGAGUGGCUGUGGGUGCUUAUGACACAAUGUCGGAAUUUGAGCCUAAACAUGAGAAUUUGCAUGCCCUUAAAAACACAGUCUUAAAAAAAUACUUCAAGAACUGACCAGCAACAUUAGAAUUUUUAAUGCAGUUCAGAAUUCCAGGCUGUUGGCAAGGAGGCCCUUCCCAUAAUCGUUUGGCUAAUUUUGAACUGCUCAUGGGAAGAAAGCUGCACAUCAUUCAGUAUUGCCUCUGUGAGCAGGGUAGAUGCCUACAUUGCUGGAAUUCAAGAGGCUUGUGACCAGAAGAAUGACUUCUAGCUUCAAGGGAUAUGCAAUUUACUUAGAACAUAGUAAACUAAUGCCACAUUUGCUUUUUUUGUAAUUUUUACUUAUAAAUGUGUGUAGCAUACUUAAAAUAAAAAUUCAGAGGUAACCUAGCAUUUGGUUUUGUGUGCAUAUGGCAAAUAAACCCAG